CGGCGCUUGACGAGCCGGUUCGCCUUCCUGCCGGGAAAACUCCAAUCAAUAUCAUUUUGUCCCGAGCUUUAUCGCGAGCUUUCCUUCCGACGGCGACGUCGCGGCGCAGGCGCCCCUCCGGCCGGCCGCCGUGCAGGGCGACAUCCGGAAAACAAUAAUACUGUUUCGAGCCAUGCGUUUCGUUGUAAUGGGGCCUUCGCGGUGUCGCUACGAAAAUAAACAAACUGGUUAAGGUCGCGUUCGAGGAAGUCGAAAGUCGAAAGUCUGUGCGAUGUAGAUUGGAGGAAUUCGUGCUGGUGGUGUUUCGGAAGAGACGGUGAUUGUACGCGAUUUGAAUAAAUCGCAUUUGUCGUGUUCACUGAUUAGCAUUCGAUAGAAGAGAUUAGGUGUAGGCGGGCUGUUGCCUCAUUCAAACGGUUAUCGAGGUCCUUUUUUGUAUGAAAUGUGGAGCAGCGUAGCGCCCGAAAACAUCAAAAGCCCGGCGCCAUCGGCUAGGUCUAAGCACAGCGCCACGCUCGUGGGCGAAUUCGUCUACAUUUUGGGCGGCAGGAACGGAAAUCUGCCCACCAAGGACUUCUGGAAGUACAAUUUGGUGACUGGUAAAUGGCAUCAAGUCAAACCGGUAGGAGACAAAUUACCAUGUCUUCAAGAACAUACAGCGAUCGCUUAUCGAGAUAGUAUCUACGUUUUCGGCGGAGAAGUCGGAUUUUCGAACGGAACCGAAACUCCUUUGUGGGUCUACGACAUCAAACUCAACAGUUGGAAGAAGAAAAAAGCGAAAAAAGGCGUUUCCACUCCCAAAGGACGCAGAGGUCACACGGCGUUGGUUUACAACGGCUCCAUGCUGAUAUACGGGGGAUACCAAGACCUGAAAGGAUCCACCAACGAACUAUGGGCGUAUCAUUUCGAGACGGAUUCGUGGCAUUUGAUAUCGACGGCGGGCCGGGGCUCCGACCAAACGCCGCCGCCGCGCCACAAGCAUUCGGCGAUCCUCCAAGGCGACGCCAUGUGGAUAUACGGGGGAAUGACCGACCUGCAGGAGCGCUCCGAUCUCUGGAAGUGGGACGUGCCGUCGCGGACGUGGCAUUGUGUCAAGUGCAAAAUCAAUCCGGGACCUUUGCACAGCCACGCCGCCACCAAGCUUCCCACCUCCCACAUGUUGGUCUUCGGCGGCGAGAGGAACGGCCAGGCCAGCAGCGACCUGUGGAAGUUCAGUUUCGCGCUGGAAACUUGGGAGAAAAUUACCAUAAACGCCAGCGCGAAGCCGCAGCCCCGUUCGGAAAGCAUAGCCAUUAUCAUCUCCGAAUUACUCCUUAACGGUUCUUCCACUACUUCCUUCGAUUCGAAGUCCUUGAGGAUACGCACAAGGACGUGCACGUCGGCGGAUCGCAGCAAUCGGCAUUCCUCUUAUCUUCCCAACAACAAGGUCGCGCCCUGCGAACAAACGUUCGUUUUCCACGCGACUCAGAACAACUACACGGACGGCAGCGACCUGGCGCAGCAAUUCUCCGAAACCAACCGGUCUUCCAGGAGUUUCCUACAAGAAAUCCAGAAAUUGUCGCAGCUCAACAUUCCUCGCAUGAGCAAUAAAUGCAGCUACACGGUGCUCACCGGCUGCGCUGGAGAUAGCACGGAGAGCCUGCUGAGGCAACACGCCAGUCCUCAAACGGAAAUCGAAGUCAUCGAUACUGAUAUUGACACGCCACGUAGAGGUUCAAUGAUAAAAUCGAAAUCGGCGUACGUGAUAAAGAAGAAAUACAACUCGGACGCCUCCCCGUCGGCGGACGAGGAGCAGAAGGAAACGGUGGCCAAAAAGCGAGUGGAGUUCGACAGCACGGCCACGAAAAUCCCCAGAGAACCGAUCUCCGUGCCAAAUUUCAGCGUGCUCACCCUACCGACCCCAGUAUUAACCCCCGUAGAAGCCAGCAAACUGGUGUACUUAGAUAGCGAAGACGAGAACGACCUGCUGGGCAAAAAGUCCAGCAAACCGUCGGAGAAACUAAACGGCGUCCAAGCGAACAACGAACAGUCCGCCUACGACGGAUUCAAGCCCAUCAAGAAAGGCGAGAGCUACAGUUCUCACAUAGGCUACGCGGAUAACCCGUUGUACCAAGAGAUGAUAAAGUCGUUGGAGGAAAAGUCCAGGGAAAACGUUUCGUCCACUUCGGAUUACGCCAGCAUCGAGACGGUCAACCGGCUCUCUUCCGCCAGCAGUUACAGCGUCAAAACAGGGACGCCUCAGGACGAGAACGCCAGGAACGUGGAGCGCGACAGGAGCGGCCCGUUCGGAUUCUGCAACCCGAACUACAUGGGGCCCGACAUUCGGGCGGCGAUGAGCGACAACAAGCCGGACAGGAAGGGCAUCGUGAAGCUCCUGUCGACGGAGGAGCACUGCAUCUCGGACGACGACAACGCGCUCGAGAUGCAGAGCUACAACGGCACCUUCAGCAGGAACACCAAGGUGGUGUUCAGGCACUCCAGCAGGACGAAGAGGCCGCCGCCGCAGUCGCUGGCCAUAGACAAGGGCCGGAGCCGGUCGGGCGGCGGGGAGAAGUGCAGAGCGCACAGCGCCGGAAGGGCCGAGAAUAAAGUGGAGAAUGCGAAGCACGAGGUGUUUGGGCCGGGCGUGGAUCCUGCGCUUAAGGUGUACCUGUAUAUUUUCGGUGGAAAGGAGCAAGGGCAGGUGACGGUGUUCCAACGACCAAUAUCCAUUUGGCGGCUGAAGCUGUUUUAAUACUCUGUUAGUCCAAAAUAUGUGCCAAUACACUAGAGAAGUAUUGUAGUUUUUUAAUUAAUUUGGAGUCUUGUACAUUUUUCGUUGAUCUCAUAAUAAGAGAAAUUCAGUAAAUCGAACGAAUAACAAACUUUAGAUAUAAAUAAAUUAAUUAUCUGCAAAUGUAAACGAAAAUAUAAUAGUAUUUCUUAUAUUGAUAAAUUGAUAAAUGCAGGAUGUGCUGCUCUUAAAAAGAAUUACACAUACCUAAUAAAUUUAAAUGUUAAAAAAUAUAUUUUACAGAUUUGAUAGCGG